ACUGCUGAGGCUUGGACUGCGUGACUGACUGGUGUGUUGCAAGAGAGAGGGAGAGAGAAAGAGAGAGAGAGAAGGGAGGGGGGAUGGGAAGGAUCUUGCUUGGAUGAGGUGCAAGCAGGCAGGCAGGCAGGCAGCAGCAUCAUCUCUUUUGUAGCGCGCUGCUGAGGGAUCGUGCCGCCUAGAGCCGUGCAGGGCGCUCACUCCUCACAGGCGCGCACAGCGCCACCGCCUCUCCCGCACUGGCCGCCGCAGGGACAGCGACAGCCUCCGUUACAGGCACAGCACUGCUUGUUGCAGCGGCACCAUGGCGCAAGCCGCUAAGCAGAUCCGCAAGAACAAGGACCUACAGGAGCUCGCAGCUCAAGAGCAGCGAGAGAAGGAGGAGGAGAAGAUCAAGAAGAGGAACCGAUCGAGAGACCGUAGACGCAAGGCGGAUGCGUCAACCAGUUUCCUCCGUGCUGCACGCUCAGGUAAUCUGGAAAAGGCUCUGGACCAUAUCAAAAAUGGAAUAGACAUCAACACAGCCAAUCAGAAUGGGCUUAACGGGUUGCACUUGGCCUCCAAAGAAGGCCACGUUAAGAUGGUGCUGGAGCUGCUGCACAAUGGAAUUGACUUGGAGACUACUACAAAGAAAGGGAAUACCGCCCUUCAUAUUGCUGCUCUGGCCGGUCAAGAGAAAGUGGUUGCUGAACUGAUCAAUUAUGGUGCCAACGUCAAUGCCCAAUCUCAGAAAGGUUUCAGUCCGCUGUACAUGGCAGCACAGGAGAAUCACUUAGAAGUGGUAAAGUAUCUACUUGAACACGGAGCCAAUCAGAGCCUUCCAACUGAGGAUGGCUUUACUCCUUUGGCGGUAGCUCUUCAGCAGGGUCACGAGAACGUGGUGGCCCUUCUGAUAAAUUAUGGCACCAAGGGCAAAGUGCGUCUGCCAGCGCUGCACAUUGCGGCACGCAACGACGACACGCGCACUGCUGCCGUACUCCUGCAGAACGACCCAAACCCAGACGUCCUCAGCAAAACCGGCUUUACUCCUCUCCACAUCGCAGCCCAUUAUGAGAAUCUCAGUGUCGCCCAGCUUUUGUUAAACAGAGGAGCCAAUGUGAACUUUACGCCCAAGAAUGGCAUUACUCCAUUACAUAUUGCUUCCAGAAGGGGGAAUGUGAUUAUGGUGCGGCUUCUGUUGGACAGAGGAGCUCAGAUAGAUGCCAAGACAAAGGAUGAGCUGACGCCGCUGCAUUGUGCAGCCAGAAACGGUCAUGUACGUGUGGUGGAGAUCCUGCUAGACCAGGGUGCUCCCAUUCAGGCCAAGACCAAGAACGGUCUAUCUCCCAUCCACAUGGCAGCGCAGGGUGAUCACAUGGACUGCGUGAGGCAGCUGCUGCAAUACAAUGCAGAGAUCGAUGACAUCACCCUGGACCACCUGACCCCGCUGCACGUUGCAGCCCACUGUGGGCACCACCGCAUGGUAAAGGUGCUGUUGGACAAGGGGGCAAAAGCUAAUGCUCGUGCUCUGAAUGGAUUCACGCCGUUGCACAUUGCCUGCAAGAAGAACCACAUGCGGUCCAUGGACCUUCUGCUGAAGCAUUCAGCAUCUCUGGAGGCUGUGACUGAGUCGGGCCUGACUCCUCUUCAUGUAGCUGCAUUCAUGGGGCAUCUCAAUAUUGUGAAGAGUCUGCUUCAGAGAGGAGCUUCACCCAACGCAUCUAAUGUGAAAGUGGAGACCCCUUUGCACAUGGCUGCCAGAGCAGGGCACUGCGAGGUGGCUCAGUUUCUGCUGCAGAACAAUGCGCAGGUGGAUGCCAAAGCGAAGGAUGAUCAAACCCCCUUGCAUUGUGCAGCUCGAAUGGGACAUAAGGAGUUGGUGAAGCUGCUCUUGGAACAUAAGGCAAAUCCAGAUUCAGCCACCACGGCAGGUCACACUCCUUUGCACAUCGCCGCCCGCGAGGGUCAUGCGCAAACCACACGCAUCCUGCUCGACGGGAAUGCCCAACAAACCAAAAUGACCAAGAAAGGAUUUACUCCUCUACAUGUAGCAUGUAAAUACGGGAAAGUGGAUGUUGCGGAGCUGCUUUUGGAAAGAGGGGCCAAUCCCAAUGCAGCCGGAAAGAAUGGCUUGACCCCUUUGCACGUUGCCGUCCAUCACAACAACCUUGAUGUAGUCAAGCUGCUGGUCAGCAAGGGCGGCUCUCCGCACAGCACGGCAAGAAAUGGCUACACAGCCUUGCAUAUCGCAGCCAAGCAGAACCAACUAGAGGUGGCAAGCAGUCUGCUGCAGUACGGCGCUAAUGCCAACUCAGAAUCACUACAGGGCAUCACCCCUCUUCACCUGGCAUCACAGGAGGGCCAACCUGAUAUGGUGGCACUGCUCAUCUCCAAACAGGCCAAUGUGAACCUGGGCAACAAGAAUGGGCUGACACCUCUGCACCUGGUUGCUCAGGAAGGGCAUGUGGGCAUUGCAGACAUGCUGGUGAAGCAGGGUGCUUCAGUCUAUGCAGCCUCAAGGAUGGGCUACACACCCUUACAUGUAGCAUGUCAUUAUGGAAACAUAAAGAUGGUGAAGUUCUUACUCCAGCAGCAAGCACAUGUUAACAGCAAGACAAGAUUGGGAUACACUCCUUUACAUCAAGCAGCUCAGCAGGGUCAUACAGACAUUGUCACCCUGCUGCUUAAACAUGGAGCCCUGCCCAAUGAAAUCACCACUAAUGGGACGUCACCUCUGGGUAUCGCUAAGCGGCUAGGCUACAUCUCUGUCAUUGAUGUGCUGAAGCUGGUGACUGAGGAAUCUGUAUCUAUGAUCACCACCGAGAAGCAUCGCAUGAGUUUUCCAGAGACGGUGGAUGAGAUACUGGACGUGUCGGAAGAUGAAGGUGAUGAACUUCUCGGGAUGGAUGGGGCUCGCUAUUUGAAGCUGGAUGACCUGAAAGACCAGGAUGAUGAUUUUCUGUCUCCUAAGAAAACCCUGAGAGACUUUGAGAGUGGGAUGGGCACGACACCUUACUCACCCGCAAUUCCCAGAAUUCCAUGCGUGUCACCUGAAACUGUCAUGUUGGACCAGCACACACCUGUCCCUUUGCCAAAGGAGUAUGAUGAGGACUCUCUAAUCCCCAGUAGUCCAGCCACAGAGACCUCAGACAACGUUAGCCCAGUGGCCAGCCCCAUCCACACUGGGUUUCUGGUGAGCUUUAUGGUGGAUGCGAGAGGCGGCUCUAUGCGUGGCAGCAGACAUAAUGGUCUUCGUGUGAUCAUCCCGCCACGCACCUGCGCCGCCCCGACACGCAUCACCUGCCGUCUGGUCAAACCACAGAAACUCACCACCCCACCUCCUCUCGUGGAGGGAGAGGGACUCGCGUCUCGUAUUAUCUCUCUAGGGCCUUCCAGUAUGCAGUUUCUGGGGCCAGUCAUCGUGGAGAUCCCUCAUUUUGCGUCCUUGAGCCGAGGUGAUCGGGAACUAGUGGUUCUCCGAAGUGAAAAUGGCUCUGUGUGGAAAGAGCACCGGAACCGCUAUGGUGAUGACGUUCUGGAGACCAUUCUUAAUGGAAUGGAUGAAGAUCUGGAAAGUCAGGAGGAGCUGGAGAAGAAAAGAAUUCGGCGAAUCAUCUCUACAGACUUCCCUCUCUACUUCGCCGUGGUGUCACGUAUUCAGCAGGAGAGCGAUCUUAUAGGUCCAGAGGGAGGUCAGCUGACGAGUAAGCUGGUACCUCAGGUUCAGGCCAUUUUCCCUGACACGGCGGUCACUAAGAGGGUCCGACUUGGCCUACAGGCUCAGCCAAUCCCUGAUGAGCUGCUGACUCGGCAAUUAGGAAACCAGGCCACAUUCAGUCCCGUUGUGACAGUGGAGCCUCGUCGGCGCAAGUUCCACCGACCAAUCGGGCUGCGUAUCCCUUUGCCUCCAUCCUGGAGGGAGAGUCCACGUGACGCCGGCGAGGGAGACACUACCAGCCUCCGCCUCCUCUGCAGUGUUAUUGGUGGCACUGCUCCCGCUCAGUGGGAAGACAUCACUGGCACUACCAAGCUCAUGUAUUCACACAACUGUGCCAACUUCACCACCAAUGUAUCCGCAAGGUUCUGGCUGGCGGACUGUCCCCGAACGGCGGAGGCCGUGACCUUCGCCAACCUGCUGUACCGUGAGUUGAUGUCAGUUCCGUACAUGGCCAAAUUUGUGGUAUUUGCUAAGAUGAACGAUGCCAGAGAGGGCCGUCUGCGCUGUUACUGCAUGACCGAUGACAAAAUAGACAAAACCCUUGAGCUGCACGAGAACUUCUCCGAAGUGGCCCGCAGCAGAGACAUAGAGGUGAUGGAGGGGAUGCCGCUGCACUUAGAAUGUUCUGGAAACCUGGUGCCUGUGAGGAAAGCCACCCAGCAGCCACGUAGCUUCAGUUUCCAAGCCUUCAGAGACAACCGGCUACCUGUCUCUGUAAAGGUGAGAGACGCCAAUAAGGAAGCCACCGGGUUCCUGUCCUUCCUGCGCAAGUCUACCAAGUACGAGGACACGCAGCACGUGCUGUGCAACCUCAACAUCUCCAUGCCUCCCUGCGUCAAGGUGGUGGGUAGCGAUGAGCGGCGGAGAACGUUGACCCCUCUCGCCUUGAGGGAGAGGUACAGCGCCCUGAACGAGCCUGGCCUGGCCACUGUGAAUGCCAUGGAGAGAACCGAACUAAAGAUCACAGUAAUAGCAGAGCAGCUGGGACUGAGCUGGACCGAGCUGGCGAGGGAGCUGCAGUUCAGCGUGGAUGACAUUAACCGGAUCAGAGUGGAGAAUCCCAACUCUCUCCUGGACCAGAGUUCGGCUCUGCUCAACCUGUGGGUCAGCCGAGAGGGCAAGAAGGCCAAGAUGGAGAACCUCUAUGGGGCUCUGAAGAACAUUGACCGGUCAGAUAUUGUGAAGUCUCUGGAGGCUCAAGCUCCUCAGGUGCUUCCAGAGGCGGUGGAGGAAGGAGCCUGUAGACUGUCUGAUCGUGACUCCACUCUGCUUUCCCCUAGUGUCGUCAACGGUUACGGGCUGGUGCAGGAGGAGCUGCUCUCCCCCGCUUCUAUGCAGUACAGCCUGCCCUCUCCGCUGGGCGUCGAGCCCUACUGGCAGGAGGUGUCGAGUCUGGAGUGUGCGCCCAUCGCCACCACUGAGGAGGACACUAUGAUGGAGAUGUCGGAUGUGCAGGUAUGGCCAGCGGGGGUCAGUCCGUCCCUGGUGACCGUGGAAGACUCGUCUCUGGAUGGUAGCAGCCGUGCGGAUGACUCUGAGGCUAACACGUUGAGCCUGCCCUGCAGCAGUUUGGGGAGGCCCAGCAGCGGAGCCAGCGGGGCAAGCGGCUCCAUUAUGGAGCUGGAGGAAGAGGAGGAGGAAGAGGAGAUUGAGGAAGAUGACAUACAGCACGAGCCGGUGUCUACAAGUGCAGAAAAGGCAUGGGCCAGUGGCGCCGUCCCAAAGGCCAACUAUAACGGGCAGGCUGGAGGUCAGAGGUCGGAGGGCAAGAGGACAGAGGUGGCAGCGGCGGCUGCGGGCGGCAGUUUGACAGGUGUAGCUAGAGGAGGAGGAAAGGGUGGAAAAGGGGCAAGUUCAGAGGAAAAGUUUUCUGUUCUUACAGGGCAACAGCUCUACGCUCAGUUGUGCGAGAGAACCGGACUGACUCGAGCCCUUGAACACAAUGGGGACAGGCUCAGCGGCGGUGCCUUCCAACCUUACUCGCAGGAGAAAGACUCCCUCCACAGCUGGUCCCAACCCAAAGCGAGGCAGACCAUGGAGGCCAUGAUGUCAUCGUCCCCGGACCACAAUCAGUCACGUGUAGCACAGGAGGCCCUUCUUACACCGGUAUGUGAUACAGGCCAUUCGGAGGUCCUGCGGGGGCGUCUGCUAGGCACUCAGCCCUUUGAUAAAGGGCUGGGCUUCUCCCAUCAGGAGGGGGAAUUACGGGCAUGGGACCAGGACAGACGGAAGGCACAGAAGGAUGAUCCGAUAGAUCUUGCCAGUGAUCAUCUACAUGAAGAGCAGUUUACCGAUGAGCAUGGGAAUGUUGUGAACAAGUUGGGCAUGGAUGUGAAAAGGGAUGUCCAGACCGUGAAGCACUCCAGUCUACGGAGAGUAAAGCACUGAAACAAACACAAACUGUCCUGAAGGUACGGCCCGGGACUGGUAAAAUGAUUAGAGAAUUACAUAAGAACAACUUUAAACCCAUGGGGCAGGCUAGCUUUGCUAAACUUGAGUGAUUCGUCCAUCGGUUUUAUGUUUUAGCCAGAGUGAAGGAGCUAUUUGUUCACAAAGGAUUGCUCUUCCAGGGUCGAACAUCCACUGCCAAACCAUCUUUCACCUACGCACGACUGGGAGAUAGGACGAUGAUGGAAAAAAAAAACAAAACAUGCAGCAAAAGAACAAUACAUCGCGCCCAAAUCCUACAGUCAAACAACUAUGGAGCGCCACCGGAAAACAACAAGGAGAUGGAGUUCUCUACCUGUAGUUUUGUAACAUUUUUAACAGAAGAAAAAAGAAACAUACAACUAGCAUAGGGCAUGAACUUUUUCUACAAAACGUGAAGAAAACCACCAAAAAAAGCAACAAAAGUGCUUCCUGUCAACUGUAAACGCAUGACUGACUGCUGGUGCAUGACCUAUGAGCUGUCAUUAUCUAAAAAACUGAAGGGGUACGAGGUAAAGGGCCGUUCCAGGACUGGCAGCGGGGAGGGAAAAAAACCUUUGGACCUUUUGAUCUUGAAAACGAGAGACUCUUGAAACAAAGGGUCUUGGGAAAACAACAGCCCAAAAAAAGCAACAGUUCUUUAUUUUGUCAAAUUGAUUGUCAUUACACAGCAGCAUAGUGGACGCUAAGCCCGUCACGUCAUUUCCCACAGGCCCUUUAUCCUGUUAUUCAAUGUGAUAUAUGCACUCUAAUGCUACGUGAAUGUGCGUCGGUGUGUGUGCGUGUGUGUCGGUAUCUAACGCAUGUGUACUCGCUUCUGGCUUGGUACUGAGCUUUUUUUCUGGAUCGGUCAGAGCUCAUUUGGUGUUUGCCAUGGGAAUGACAACAAGCCACUGUGCUCUCCCGCUUGUGAGCGUCCGCGUUCGUUUAUUUCCAUUUUGUGAAGCGUAUCCGUGUUCUUUUGAACUGUCAGCCACCUUUUACUUUUAUAUCUCUCGUUUUGAAUUUCUAGCCCCCCUGUUUAAAAAAAAAAAACAGAUUGAUUUAUUUGUUGCAGGAUAGUGUAGCUUUGUACGUAACACCCAAAAUGGCAACCUAAGGAGGGCAUGUGCUUUCUCUGUUUGACAGUUCACAACUCUAACCUCUGACCUACCGACCAUCCAUUCAUCAACAUUUGUAGCUCAGCUGCUCGACUAAAACCGCAUUGUCGGACCGAUUUCAGACUAAUGUAGCAUUGCAUGCUGGUUAACACUGCUUUUCAUGCUGUUCUCUUGGGCCCGCACUCGGCCCGUUUUUUUUUUUUUUUUUCUAUUUAUUAAUCAAGCUGUGCCGGUGGAAAAAAAAACGAUUGUAGCUGUGACGUGUGGGGCUUGGGGACUAUCUCUGAGUAACUGCCUUUGUAAUGUUUGGGAUUUCGGAAGAAAUAGGAAGCGUUUUAAACGAUUAUUCUUUUUCUCUCUGUUCGUUCGUUUUCAUUUGGAUGUACAGUUAAAAAUAGACCGAUAAAUAUACAGACAGCACUGUGAAAGUCCACCUUAAAAUUGACCCCUGAACUGUGAACUCACAACUGUCUGUCUCACUUUUUGGCUUCAAAUGUCUCACUUUUACCAACACGCACCAACGAGGUUAUAUGGUAACUAUGGGAAGCUUAAACUACUUCUAUUCAUGUAACCGGUUCCCUAUUAGCGUCAUUUGCAUGUGUUUUUUUUUAGUUGGUGUUAUUUUUUUAACUACGAAAGAGCCCAAACAUACACAAAACUCUUCAAAGUAUAGUCUACCAAAGCAAUAAUAUCAAACGUGCUGCAACAGUUGGAAUACUGCGUUGUCGUCGGUGUGCGUGCGUGCGCGUGUUUUUCCGUCUACGAGUGCUUGUGUGUUCAGUAUAUACUGUAUUAACCCGACAUUUUAGUAGCAUUUGUAAGACGUAUACGAUUCAAGAGAUAUAACAGCAUGCAUGAGUAUCUCACACCGUAUGCAAUUACGCGACCUACAUGCCAACUCGAGUUCACUGAAAGGUAGCCGUUUCACUUUAAUGGACAAGGUUUCUUUGAACAGCUGGCAAGCAUAAUGAAAAUCAGGUACGGUGCUCAGCAUUUAAUCACAGCACAGUAGCUUACAUAGUCACGAGCACACCGUGAUAUACUGGCUCACACAUUUGUGUAGUUUAAGUUGAGGGAUGUCACUGAGCGAAUGAAUGAGUGAGUGUAUGAAUAAAUGAACUUAUGCUCCAAACGAGAAAAACAAACAACAAAAAAAAAAAGAUUUAUGGAAUGCAUGGACAAUUGGACGAAUGACAAUGAUUGUACUUUCAUAUUUAAAAAGAAAAUGUCUAAUCAGAUCCUAGUGUUUUUGUUGAUUUCAUGCAACUGUGCGCUUUGUGAGACCGCGCACGUCCCUUCGCAUUAAAACCCUCAUGAGUUUUGCCUUCA